UAGCAGUGUUCCAACGGUCUGCUGUAAGUGCCGCGACAGAACGAAAUCGCUCACUUCCUGUUCCAUGAAUGCCAUCGUUAUAUAAGGUGUAUUUACCGUAUGCCUCAACUGCAAUCUGAAUCCCAACAGCUCAACCGUACUGUAGCCAAGAUGACCGCCCAGACUAGAGUUUAUACCAGCACUGAUGUUACCGUUAUAGGGCUGAUAGCAGGAAUGACCGGCCUGAUCUUUGUCGUUGUUAUGGCAGUGUCUUUGUGUUACAGUAAGAAUUCUCAACGAAGAGGCAUGGUAAGAACAAACCGCAGGAUAAAGCACGAAACAGAGGGCAUCUACACGUAUGACAAUGGUGUGCCCCAAAUGGCGGAGACAAGUUUCAUUGAAGUCAACGAUAAAGUGAUAUCACGGUUCUCUGCAGGAAGUUUUGACUGCUCUAGCAUAUCUUCCGCGUCUGGAGAAUAUGCUGACCCCAAUUGUCCCGGGAGUUGGAUGUCACCUUCACAUUUGAAUCCCUCCCCGAGCAAUAUCGCGUUAAACUAUGCGAUGAACGUCGAGCAAUUAAGGCCAUCACCGUCGGCGCCACAAACGGAAGAUGACGUCGCCUUGAAGAGGAACACCGUGGAGCUCGCCCUCGAUCAGAUCGAGGCUGACCUUCAACGUGACCUCCACGACCUUGAUUAUGCAAUAUAUAAACCAGAGAGACUGAAACAGAGACUUUUGGAACGGGAAGAGCAGAAUCGCCAGCACGCCGCGGCCAAUAACACAACGCUUUUCUGA